AUGUUUGGUGACGUUCCCCCUCUACCUACAUGUACGGAAUCAUAUGCCUUCCAGGUGGCUGGUCAUUCUCGAGAAAAUGCAAGUAGUUUCGAAAUACUUCGAGAUAAAUCUAAACCAAUUAUUUAUAAGUCAUUACAAGAUCGUGAAAGAGGUAUGCGUGAAGUGAUGUUUUACCAGAAUGUGUUUUCUGCGGAUGCUUCGGAAGCACUUAAACGUCUUCGUCAAUUUAUUCCAACUUAUUAUGGAGUUUUUCAAUGCCCAGGAACUAAAGCUUACUACAUGGCUUUAUCUGAUCUGGUGGCCGAUUUCAAACAACCAAAUAUAUGCGAUUUUAAAAUGGGCACAGUCAUUAAUUACCCGGAAGAUGAAAUCCCAGCCGAUCAAUUUCAAUAUACCUGGCGUCGUGAAUUGGGUAUUAUGUUAGCUGGUAUUCAGAUUUCCGAUUCAGUGAAUCACUGUUUAAUCAAGUUGAAUAAAGCGUUUGGACGCACUUUAACUCCAGAACAAGUUUAUUCACUUUGUGUAAAACCAUUUCUAGGUGCAGAUCCUACCUAUAGUGUUAAACUUGCUCAAAAUUAUAUCAUACAACUUGAACGUAUUUUAAAUUGGUAUGUGGAAUAUGGUGCAAAAGAGCUCACAUUCUGUCGUUCCUCACUUUUAUUGAUUCAUGAAUCAUUGACAAAUGAUAACAGUAAUAAUAACCACUGUCUUUCUGAAACGUGUUCUGCAUCAUCUCCUAUAUCAUCAUCCACCACAACAACAGAGGACAAUCAGUCAGUCAGUAGUUCAAAUGAUACUACCAACUCCGAUAUUACUGUGUCUUCGAAUGGAAACAAUGUUAGUAACAAUAGCAGUGACAGUAGUGAUCAUAAUACUGCACAUACAGAGGUUUAUUUAAUUGAUUUUGUGCGUUGGAAAGCUAAAUCAUCUACUGAUAUCAAUGAUAGUGGUGGUUGUAGUAAGGAUUGUUGGAGUUGUGAACUAACUGACGGUUUUCGGCAUGGAUUGGAAACAUUGAUCGCGUUAAUGCAACGUGUGGUUAAUACAGAAAAUUCAACUGAAAUAAAACAGAAUUGA